UUUACUUUAUACUUAAAUAUAAUAUUGGUCACGUACAUGUACAUUGUAACUAGUCAUCGAUGUGAUAGAUUGUUGGUUUGUUUUCAAUGGCAAUAUAUUAUUUAGCAUUGAUAAUUGGUUUUGCAUAUGGUUAUGAUAAUGUGGCAUUAAAAAAACAAACAUGGCAGGCGUCUCCUUAUAUUGUGAAUGACGACAGAUUUGACUCCAGUAAUGCAGUAGAUGGACUUAAGUCCAAGCUCGGUGCAUGGGGAGGAGAGUGUGUUGUAUCAGCUAACUAUAAAAGAACCGCCACCUGGUGGGUAAAUCUGACAUCAAUCUACAGCAUUCACCACAUCCGGAUUUAUUAUAGGACAGAAAAUGCACCGUGGAACGAAUCUGGCGGUUUACCACCACGAUUUCUCGGAUUCUAUGUUUAUGUAUCAAACACCACAGACCUACUUGAUGGUUACCUAUGUUUCCACGAUACUAACUAUACCAUAUCUACUAUACCAGCCAUUGCUCAUAUCACGUGCCCUGUACACGGACAAUACGUUAUCUACUACAAUGAGAGACUGGCAAAUAAAAAAUACCCGGAUGAUUAUUCUGCCUACGCAUUUAAUGAACUUUGUGAGGUAGAAGUCUACGGUUGUAGGGCUGGAUUAUACGGGCCUAACUGCUCUCUCCGCUGUCCUAACAACUGUCGUUAUUGUCACAUAGAGACUGGAGUGUGUUCCUGGUGUAAACCCGGGUAUCAGGGAUAUCAAUGUGAAAAUG